GCACAAAGUGACCUAAUAGAUUGGGUUAGAUUCAAAGUGGCCUAAAUAGAUUGGGUUUCGUUCCACUAAUUGAAACCCAAAGCCCAUUACAUUACCAGUCUGAUAUUCUCGAAUUCGCUCUCUCUCUCUCUCUCUCUCUCUCUCUCUCUGCAAGCUAAUAGCCAUGGAAGUGGCCACCGCAGCUUCAAGCUUUGCACUCCACCGGCCCAUGUGAACACUUGCGAACCAUAAACUUAAACGGCCAUUGUCUCCACCAAAUUCCUCACUCCCUUCGCUGGCAGAAGCGUCUCCGCCAACUUCUCAGGCUACAAGCUCCGUCCCUCUCUUAAUCCGGUGUCGUUUCCUCGCCCCAAGGAGAUGGAUCCAGCUAAAAACCAAAACGGCAUGAAGUAAAUGGAAAAGCAAGCCUAGGGGCGAGAGGGAAGCUUAACGGCUGAGCCAGAGAUGUUAGAGCAGGUCAGUUAAUUUAUAAUGUCAACGUGUAUAUCAAACACUUAGGAACUCACAUAUGAGUAAAACGCCAAAACCCUAAAAACCCAGAAUUCAUUCACGCUCUCACCUCAUUUCCCAUGUCUAAAACCCUUCUCUCUCGCAUCAAACCCCUUCACAAUCCCAAACCAACGUCUUCUUCUUCAACCUUGCCAUUCAGGCAUUUCGCCAAACAUGUCCAAGGCACCAUUCAAAUCCUCAAAACCCAAGACCAGUGGGAGCAGUCCCUUGAAAGCUUCUUUUCUGAAUCUGAUGUUGUUGUGUCAGACUUUGCCCAUUUUGUUUUAGAUCGAAUACAUGAUGUAGAAUUGGGUCUAAAGUUCUUUGAUUGGGCCUCAAAGCGGCCGUAUAGUUGUUCACUGAAUGGUUCUGCUUAUUCUUCACUUUUGAUACUUUUGGCGAGGUUUAAAGUGUUUUCGGAGAUUGAAUUGCUGUUGGAGCGAAUGAAACUUGAGGAAUUAAAGCCAACUUGUGAAGCAUUAAGUGUUGUGAUUCAAGCUUAUGCAGAUUCUGGGUUGGUGGAUAAGGCUGUUGAAUUGUAUUAUGUGGUGGGUGAAAUACAUAAUUGUGUGCCGAGUGUUUUUGCAUGCAAUUCAUUGCUUAAUGUUCUUGUGAAGCAUCAGAGAAUUGAAAAUGCACGCCAAGUGUAUGAUAAAAUGCUUGAGAAUUCUUGUGUGGAUAAUUAUAGUACUUGUAUUAUGGUUGGGGGUUUAUGUAAGGAUGGAAAGGUCAAGGAAGGUAGGGAGUUGAUUGAAGAUAGGUGGGGGGAGGGUUGCAUACCAAAUAUUGUGUUUUAUAAUACACUCAUUGUUGGUUAUUGCAAUAAAGGUGAAUUUGAAAGUGCCAAUGGACUUUUUAAGGAGUUGAAAUUGAAAGGGUUUUUACCUACAUUGGAAACUUAUGGGGUUAUGAUAAAUGGGUUUUGCAAGGAAGGGGACUUUGAAGCGAUUGACCGACUUUUGUUGGAAAUGAAAGAGAGGGGUUUGAAAGUUAAUGCUCGAGUAUAUAACAAUAUAAUUGAUGCUCGAUAUAAGCAUGGUUGUACAAUUGAAGUGGUGGAGAUAAUUGGGAGGAUGAUUGAGAGUGGAUGUGAGCCAGAUAUUAUAACUUAUAAUACUCUUAUUAAUGGCUCGUGUAAAGAGGGGAAGGUUGAGGAAGCUUAUCAAUUUCUAGAGCAGGCAAUGAAAAGGGGAUUAAUGCUGAACAAGUUUAGUUAUACUCCUCUUAUACAUGUUUAUUGUAGACAAGGGGAACACAAUAGGGCCUUAGAUUUGCUUAUUAAGAUGACAGAAGGAGGACAUAAGCCUGAUUUGGUUUCAUAUGGCACUCUCAUCCAUGGACUUAUUGUUGCAGGGGAGGUUGAUGUUGCAUUGACAAUGCGAGAAAAAAUGUUGGAAAAGGGAGUAUUGCCUGAUGCUGGUAUUUAUAAUGUUUUAAUAAGUGGACUUUGCAAGAAAGGGAGGUUUCCUACUGCUAAGUUGCUCUUUGCUGAUAUGCUAGACCAAAAUGUACAACCUGAUGCUUUUGUUUAUGCCACUUUGGUGGAUGGGUUCAUCAGAAAUGGUGACAUUCAGGAGGCCAAAAAACUCUUUGAACUCAUCAUUGAAAAGGGUAUAGACCCUGGUGUUGUGGUUUAUAAUGCCUUGAUUAAAGGUUUUUGCAAAUUUGGAAUGAUGAAAGAUGCACUUUCUUGCAUCAUUAGAAUGAGGAAAGAGCAUCAGGUUCCAGAUGUAUUUACUUAUACUACCAUUAUUGAUGGGUAUGUAAAGCAGCAUGACUUGGAUGGUGCACUAAAGAUGUUUGGGCUAAUGGUGAAGCAGAGAUGCAAGCCAAAUGUGGUCACAUACACUGCCCUCAUAAAUGGGUUUUGCGGCAAGGGAGAUACCAAUAGAGCUGAAAUUUUUUUCAGAGAGAUGCAAUCUUGUGGAUUGGAGCCUAAUGUUGUCACAUACACUAUACUUAUUGGGAGGUUUUGUAAAGAUUGUAAACUUGCAAAAGCUGCCUCCUUUUUUGAAUUGAUGCUGAUGAGCAAGUGCACUCCUAAUGAUGUUACCUUUCAUUAUCUUGUAAAUGGGUUUGCAAAUAUUGCAUUGACUGCAAUUCCCAAGGAAAGCAAUGAGCUUCAGGAGGUCGAAAAGUCUAUGUUUUUGGAUUUUUUUGGAAAGAUGGUAUCAGAUGGAUGGGUUCAAGUACUUGCGGCAUAUAAUUCUAUUAUCAUCUGCCUUUGCCAAUAUGGAAUGGUUAAAAUUGCUUUACAGUUGUGUGAUAAGAUGAUUGGUAAGGGUUUCCUUCUAGAUUCUGUUUCUUUUUCUGCCUUGCUACAUGGCAUUUGCUUGGAAGGAAGAUCAAAGGAAUGGAAAAACAUUAUCUCCUGUACUUUGAAAGAACAUGAGCUCCAAACUGCUGUCAAAUACUCACUGAAAUUAAACCAAUAUCUUCCUCGAGGAAGGUCUUCUGAGGCUUUACUUAUUUUAGAAGCCUUGAUUGAAGACUACAAGUCUAAUGAUCAACAAGCCAAAGUUUUAGUGGGGUAGGGAAGAAGGAAAAAAAAAUUGAAAUCCCUCAUCUUGCUCUAUUAUAUAUAUAAGAAAUUUAGACCGACAAAUUUCUGUGGUAUCCCUAUAUAUAACCAUCACUUAAUGCAAAAGUCUCAAACUCCUUACAUCUUCUUCAUUAAGGUGCCUUUCAAACACACGUAUUGGUCAUAUGAUUGGUGAACCUAUAAAGAGGCUCUUGAAGAUCCAUCUGGAUUGACAUCAUUGUAUGGCAUUUGGGUGCCAUUCAAGGACAAGUAAAUACUACAUUAACUGAUUCUUAUUCUAUCAAAGCAAAUCUUGAUGUUAACAAGAUAUUGAAGCAAACUUAACUUCACUUUUGGAGUGGAUGGAGUAUUUGCAAUCCCAUUCAAAAGUUAAGGAAUGAUAACAUCAUUAGGGCAGAACUUGCUCAUCAGCAUCAGUUCAGAAAAGGGGCAUGCUUUUGCAAGUUUACACUUGUUACAAAAACUCCCAAUAUGUACGCUGCAUGUCACAACUUUAGGAUCUAAAGAUUCUAAACCACAAGAUGGCAUCUCUCUGAAAUUUUUUCAGCUCCAUUGGAAUCUACCUUACUGCAAAACCCAUUAAUGAGGGAGAGAGAAAUCAGACAAAAGGAGUCUCCAUAGGAUUGUGGAGUGGAGGCCUUGUACAAGAGACCUAAAGCGGUAGUCUUCAAAUGAAUUAUUUGGGACAUAAUAUUUGAUUGCCAAAAUGGAGCAGUCAUUUAAAAUUGAAAAGCAGGCAAAGCAAUUUACAUGGAGAAGUUAAUGAGGGCACUUUCUCCUUCUGUGAUUCUUUUUGCUGAAUAUCUUUCGAGUUUGGAAAGUUACUGAGGCUUGCUUUGGAAAAUAUCUUGGGGAUCUGGGAAUUUUACAGCCUAAAUCAAGAAUAUAAACCUAUUAUUAUUUUUGGGAUGGAGAUAGAACUAUAGUUGGUAUAGAGUUUCCAGUUGGUUUCAUAAUAUCCUGAUUCAAUCUUAAUUGGCGUUCAUUGCGGACUACUGCAUUGAUCUUGUGUUGAAAUGUUGAAGCUUUGCUGGUAUAGAUUAAUGGAUGUGAGUGCUUAAGCGAAUUUCAUAA